CCCCCCCCCCCUUCAUAUGUCGAUCUUCUUAAAUGUGUGUUUUCCUAUCAUCUCUUUUCCCAGAGAACAUGCUUUUAUUUCUUGGAAGAAGAUAUUUUCCCUUUAAAAUUCACCUCCUCUAGGUGGAUUCCCAUGGGUUCUGAAAAAUCAUGACGAUUCUUAAUAACCCAUUCUCCCUCUUGUUCAUAACUUCCAUAUCUCUGUUCCUUUUCAGAGUUAUUUUGAUCAAGACCGGUUUCAUUUUUACUUUCAAGAGGAAAUGGCGUUGUAUCAAAGAUUGCUUCCAUGUCUACCAGUUCUUCAAAGUUCCAGAAUUCAGCGAAAGCAUGCAAAGAAACCAACUGUAUUACAAAGUUCUGCUUUAUCUGCAUUCUCUCGCUUCCCUUGAAGAUUCCGAUUUCACCAACCUCUUCGCCGGCAGAAAACCAAACGAAAUCCUCCUCCGUCUCGACACUAACCAAAUUAUCGAAGACGAUUUUUUGGGUGCCAAGAUGUAUUGGAUAAACCAAGACAAAAAUUUGGUGUUAAAGAUUCGAAAAUCCGAUAAACGAAGAGUUCUCCAGCCGUAUCUCCAGCAUAUUCACACAGUGUUCGAUGAAUUCGACGGGAGGAAACGAGAGUUGAAGCUUUACAUGAACGUCGUUGAUGAUCAAAAGGGACGGUGGAGAUCCGUUCCGUUCACGCACCCUUCGACGUUCGAAACGACUGCCAUGGAAUCCGACCUUAAGAUCAAAGUCAAAUCCGAUCUAGUAUCUUUUCUCAGAGCCAAACAGUAUUAUCAUAAGCUGGGUCGUGUUUGGAAACGAAGCUAUCUCCUUUACGGCCCUUCCGGUACCGGAAAAUCAAGCUUCGUCGCAGCGGUGGCUAAUUUCUUAAGUUACGAUGUUUACGACAUUGAUUUGACCAAAGUUUCCGACGACUCCGACCUUAAAUUUCUCUUGUUACAAACCACGGCCAAGUCGGUGGUAGUCAUCGAGGAUCUCGACCGGUACUUGUCGGAGAAAUCAACGGCGGUGAGUUCGUCGGGGAUUUUAAAUUUUAUGGAUGGGAUAUUAAGCUCCAGCUGCGGCGAAGAAAGGGUCAUGGUCUACACAAUGAACGGCAAAGAUCACGUUGAUCCUGCGAUUCUUAGACCCGGAAGGAUCGAUGUUCAUAUACAUUUUCCUUUAUGCGAUUUCACAGCUUUUAAAACACUAGCCAAUAGUUACCUAGGGCUCAAGGACCAUAAGCUGUUCCCGCAAGUAGAAGAGAUUUUCCAAAACGGGUCGAGUUUGAGCCCGGCUGAGAUCGGGGAGCUAAUGAUUGCCAACCGGGGUUCGCCCAGCCGGGCUUUGAAAUCGGUUAUAAAUGCUCUGCAAACGGAGGGCGAUGGGAAAGGCGGACGGUGUGGGAGGAAAGCGGUCGAGGAAAGUGGCGAACCGAGUGGGGUUUUCUGUACGGAAGGUGCAAAUGCAGUGAAGGAAUUCAAGAAAUUGUACGGUUUGUUUAGGGUUAAAAGCAACAGAAAAUCUCCGUCGUUUAAUCUUGACAAUGACCUUAAGUCUGGUUUAUAGGAAAGCUUAGGUUGUAGUUUUAAUCUUUCAUUUGGACCUCCGUCGCGAAGGGGCUUUGUAAUCACAUUGGCUCUUAAUGUACCAACACUUUUGAUGAUGUUAAACAGUAACGGCAUCUUGUCUUUA